UGACGCUGGUCUGGAAGGAGUGACUCGUUGACUGCGGCGAUCGCAAUUUCGGCAACAUGGGAGACGUUGAGGGAUUUACUGUGAACGGAUUUUAAGAACUACGGUGAACAUGGCAGAGAGGUUGGAGUGGGUGGAGAUCAUUGAGCCGCGCACACGGGAGCGUAUGUACGCCAACCUGCUGACGGGUGAGUGCGUAUGGGACCCCCCGCAGGGUGUUUGCAUCAAGCGAACCGGUGACAACCAGUGGUGGGAGCUGUUUGAUCCCAACACCUCGCGCUUCUACUACUACAACGCCUCCACCCAGCGCACAGUGUGGCACCGGCCCCAGGGCUGCGACAUCAUCCCUCUGGCCAAGCUACAGACUCUGAAACAGCACACCGAUGGCACCAACCCCCGUCCUGCAGGAGGAGGGAGAGCGUCAGCUGACAACAGCCCAGGACGUAACAGUGGGGUCAGCCGAGAGGGAAGCACCUCCUCCUCCCUCGAUCAGGAGCUUUCUGAAAAACAGGGCAACAGAGACGAGGCAGACAGGACUUCUCCCUUCAGGUGGAACACUGGUACGAAGGAGCGAAUGCUGAUCAAGGUGACAGACAGAGAGCCCAGCUUCCUGGCCCACCAGGGAAAUGGCUACUCCCCCUGCGACCCACCCACCCCUGGUGCUCCUUCUGGAGGGGGCACCACCUCACGUACCCGCCGUUCCUCUGGAGGAAACCCACCUUCAGAACCCGACGGCUCCCCCGUUCUCUAUGCCGACCGCCGUCAGUCUCCCUUCCUGAAGCGGGCAGAGCUGGGUGGAACCUGCACCCACCGCCGCUCCUCGGCUGACUCCCAGCCUCCCUCGCCGCGCUAUGCCUAUGAACCCCCACUGUAUGAGGAGCCGCCAUCAGAGUACCAGCCCCCUCCCAUCUACGAGGAGCCUCCCACUGACAUGCACCUGUCUGACUCCACCUCAUUCUACAGCAAGUCACCCGCUCGCAAGUCUUCAGCCCCCAUCUAUCAUUCCCCCAAGCAGGGCCAGUCGCCCUACGGCCAGCUGGUUCUGACCAGGCAGAAGUGUCCUGAAAAGACCCAGAGUCUGGAGUACAGUCCUGUGGGGAAGGAGUAUGUCAAGCAGCUGGUAUAUGUGGAGCAGUCGUCUUCCAGCCCUCGCUUCAAGACCGCCGACCGUCUGCUGCGUUACGGCACUACAGGGGGCUACGGUGGCUCAUAUGGGGGGUCUUAUACUCUGCAGCACAGCCAGUCUCUGAUCAGGGACCCCCGCCUACUGCUGGACUACAGUGGGGAGGGUGGAGAGGGAGGCCAGAGGUUGCUUUAUGAAGACUCCAUAUCCUGGACGUCCAGCCAGACACACUCCCUUUCAUCAUCCUCUGCAGGCGGUCCAGGGGCUUUCUCCCCCGGAGGUAAUCGCAAACGCAAGAGCCGCAAGCCAUCCCUCCCCCAGGAGCUGGCACGCUGCGGGGGGUUAGAGGGGGAGCUGACAGGCACAGCAUCCGAGGCAAUGCUAGCCCAGGCCAGGCUGGCAUGGGAGGCGCAGCAGGUGAUGAAACAGCGGAGCAGUUGGGACUCGGGACAGGGGGGAGGGGCGACCCAGGGCGGCGGCUCCAAAGACGGCUAUGAGAGCGACGGGGCGGUGCCUCUGCCGUUGCCUGGACCAGUCGUGAGGGCGUUCAGUGAGGACGAGGCACUGGCGCAGAGCGACGGCCACCACUGGAAACGCAGCACCUUCGAUCGGCUGGGCUUCCCCCAGGCCCUGCUGGAGAAAAGCCUCUCUGUCCAGACCAACCUGGCCUCCCCUGAGCCGUACCUUCACCCCUCACAGUCGGAGGACCUCGGAGCCUGUGCCCAGUUUGAGGCCAGUCGAAAUGCCAGGAAUAUGAUGCCGAGCGCCAGCUGUGGAAUUUUCCCAGAGUUCACCCUGAGAAAGCCCUCUUCAGAGACCGACAUUGAGAACUGGGCAUCCAAACACUUCAACAAACACACACAGGGUCUGUUUAGAAGAAAGGUUUCCAUUGCCAACAUGCUGGCCUGGAGUAGUGAGCCCAUCAAGAAGCCCAUGAUUGUGACCUCAGACCGCUCCGUGAAGAGGGAAGCAGUGGACAUCUUUAAACUCAUCCAGACCUACAUGGGAGACCGUCGCUCCAAGGCUGAUCCCCUCUCUGUGGCACUGGAGGUGGUGGUGCGUGGGUGGAGUAACCAGGGUCUUCGUGAUGAGCUCUAUAUCCAGCUGUGUCGUCAGACCACAGAGAACUUCCGCUACGACAGCCUGGAGAGAGGCUGGGAGCUCAUGGCCAUCUGUCUUGGCUUCUUCCCCCCCACACCCCGCUUUCACACCUAUCUGGAAGGCUACAUCUACCGACACAUGGACCCGCUCAACGACACCAAGGGAGUGGCCAUUAGCAGCUACGCUAAAUACUGCUACAGGAAACUGACAAAAGCUGCUCUGACUGGAGCCAAGAAGGGCCUGCAGAAGCCUUGUAUAGAGGAGAUCAAGCACGCCAGGAACGCCAUCUUCAGUCCCUCCAUGUUCGGCUCUUCCCUGGAAGAGGUGAUGGUGCUCCAGAAAGAGCGAUAUCCAGACAGCCAGCUGCCCUGGGUGCAGACUCGCCUUUCUGAAGAGGUUCUGGGUCUCAAUGGAGACCAGACAGAGGGCAUCUUCAGGGUACCAGGGGACAUAGAUGAAGUCAAUGCCCUCAAGCUGCAAGUGGAUCAAUGGAAAAUCCCCACAGGACUGGAAGAUCCGCACAUCCCGGCGUCUCUGCUGAAGCUCUGGUACAGGGAGCUGGAGGAGCCACUGAUCCCUCAUGAGUUUUAUGAGGAGUGUAUCAAUCACUAUGACAACCCAGAGGCAGCUGUCAACGUGGUGCUGGGCCUGCCACACAUCAACAAACUGGUGCUCUGCUACCUCAUACGCUUCCUACAGGUAUUUGCCCAGCCUACCAAUGUGACCAUCACCAAGAUGGAUGUGAACAACCUGGCCAUGGUCAUGGCUCCCAACUGUCUGCGCUGCCAGUCUGACGACCCCAGGGUGAUCUUUGAGAACACCCGCAAGGAGAUGUCCUUCAUCCGGGUGCUCAUCCAGCGGCUGGACACCAGCUUCAUGGAUGGAAUCCUAUAGCCCCCCCCCCCCACACCACCACCACCACCACACACACACACACACACACACACACACACACACACACACCAUCCAUACAUUACCCCAGCCCUUAUGCACUCUUUACCCCCUCUGUAACAGGCCCCCACACACUCCCCCAGCACAGGAACAUACACUCUGCUGCUGCUGGGUGAAUACUUUGCCUCUCCAACAUGUUUGCUUUUCUCGAACUAACAAACUGCCUUGUUUUGAGUUUGUCCACGGUACAUUUUGAGUUGAACCAGCAUUUUUUUAUAUUUCUGUAGUUGUAACCCUUCAACUGACAUUUACAUAAGAAAAAACACCCUUGGUAUUGGAGUUCCAAGGUUUUCAUAUAACAGUGCUGUGUGUGCCUUCACAUACAUUAAAUCAGUACACAUACAGAAUGAAGAAAUUAGCACGUACCUCAUCAUUUGGUUGGAUUCAUGUGUUAGUUUCACUGGCACACUCAGUUCAGGACCUCAGGUUCAUUUAAAAUCCAACUAUAUAACUAAUAUUUGGUUUAUAAUUACUGAUUUUUCCUCUUUGUCCCCCCCCCUCACGUUUUGCCCCAGUAAUCCACCCUCUGCAGUGUACGAUACCAUCUAGCACAAAGCAAGAAUUAUGUAAUGUGUUAGUCUCUCACAGAGACACUGGCUAAGUAAUUCAUCCAUAGGGUCCAUCACCAGAUUUUUUUACAAGGUAUGACGCCUAACUGCACCAGUCCAUCAGUACUUGAAUAUACAGUGAGGAAAAUAAG